UCGGCGGUGAAAAGCAAUAUAAUUUUUUGUUGUUGUUGUUUUUGUAUUGCGAAACAAACAAAGAAAAUUUUGGAAGCAAAGAAAAAUCUACGCAAACAUAUAUAUAUGUAUUGACUUCGAGUGAAAAUUUGAAGCAAUAUCUUGUGGAGUUAAGAGGAAAUCUGUGAAAAAAAUUGUGAAAUAGUUAUUAAGAGAGUUGAAAUCAGAAGAGGAAUAAAUUUUGUUUGAAAUUUUAAUUAAGAACUUAAGAGUACCUCACAAAGUAAACAGAGAGGUAACCGCAAGAACAAAUCAUUUCAUUUAUUUUCAAAGAAUAAACCCCAACAAGCAAAGACAAUACACUGCAGUGAGGGAGAGAGUGAAAUCCAACGGCAUUAAAGAGAAGCAGAGAACCCCAUUGACAUUGCAUAGAACAAGAGUAAACAACACAAAAGGGGAGCCCUUAUCAACAUUCAUUUGUGGCAGAGCAGCAAAACACCAUACCUGUUUGUUUGAGAGUGUGCGAUCAUUGUAUUUUACUUAAGAGAGGCAGAGAGCGAGAGUACCACAUUAAAGAGCCAUAAUGUAUGGUUCACGUAAUUUACGCAACAAUGCCUCUCUGCAGAGUGGCCCCAAUAGUGGCAGCGUUAAUCAAAGUCCCCACAACAGCAAUGACAACAAAGCCGGUCGUUAUGGUAUUGGUGGUGACAAUAGCAAUAACAAUAACAACAACAACAACACUGUAAUGACAACGGCUCUAACAACAAUGAAUAACAGUGGUGGAAUUCAUUUACCCAAUGCAAAUACAACACAGCCUUUUACUGGCGGCGGCGGUGGUGGUUUUGCUUUUAUGGGAGCAGCAGCAGGGCAGCAGCAACAACAACAAAAGCUAACGCCGUCACAACGUACCAACAUUAAUCGCAACUGUGGUAGUAGUGGUGGAGCUAUAACCACGACGUCCACACCAAUAGCAGCAGCAGCGACAACGGCAGCGGCGACAUCAGCAAAGCCAGUAAAUUCUCCGUUUGUUGGACAAACGCAUUCAGUUGAAGGUGGAUCGCGUGCGCAAACGGUUGAUAUUAAUAGUCCGAUACAAAGAAGUCAGAAAAAUAAACACCAGCAACAACAGCAAACGUCACCCGAAUUUGCAACGGCAAUCAAUCAAUUGAAAGAGCAAUUUUGCCAAAUAAAUUUAAAGCAAACGCCGCAAUCGAACGGUGUCGUCUCCUCUGCCGCUCCGUUGUCGUACGUCGCGCCAACAAAUAGUCAUCACACGAAUCUUUUGCAUAAUAAUUGUGCUGCAACUUCGAACCCCGUAACAACAAAUUCGGCAAUUGUUGCUGGUCAACAACAACAACUACAACAAGAACAACGAAAUUUUUACAAUAAUUUGCCGCAAACGAAUUUUACGAAAAGUGAUUUGCCAACAACAAAUAGUGAAUUGAAAUCUGUACAACAACAACCAACAAAUUGUCACAACAAAAAUAAUACGAAUAGUAGUGGUGUAGUGAAAACAACAACUUUGAAUUUACCCGUGACAUCAUACGCUGCCACACAACAACAACAGCAACUCCAUCCACAAGAGUAUCCUGUUGAACAAAUUUAUUACACCAACAACAACAACAACACCAGUGACAACACUGAUACCUACACAUACACAUAUAAUCCACAGGACUACGACGAAAACUUCGACGAAGACAUGGAAGCUGAACGUGAUUUGGCCGAAGAUGCCCAAUGGAAGAAGAUCCAACAGAACACCUUUACCCGCUGGGCCAACGAACAUCUGAAGACCAUCGAUCGCAGCAUUAGCAAUUUGGAAAGCGAUCUUUCCGAUGGCCUGCGACUGAUUGCCCUCAUCGAAGUGCUGUCACAAAAACGCAUGCCCAAAUACAAUAAAAGGCCAACAUUCCGUUCACAAAAAUUGGAAAAUGUCUCGGUGGCAUUGAAAUUCCUCGAAGAUGAGGGUAUCAAAAUUGUUAAUAUUGAUUCUUCGGAUAUUGUUGAUUGCAAAUUGAAAUUGAUCUUGGGCCUGAUAUGGACUUUGAUUUUGCACUAUUCCAUUUCUAUGCCAGCCUGGGAGGGUGAAGAUGAUCAACAAUUGAAUGGCUCGGGACCAACACCGAAACAGAGGUAUGUAAUUCCAAAAUUCCAAAAAAUAAAGUGA